AUGCGAGCCAGAGGAAAAGAAUCGAAACCCUGCAAAAAUAUAGUUGGUUACGAUGCCAAUGCGCUCUACUUGUGGGCCAUCAUGCAAGACAUGCCAACGGGGCAGUACACAAGACGGUUAGAGGAGGACGGGUUUAAGAAACGGUGGAGUGGGAAAAUGGCGAUCGAAUGGUUAGAAUGGCAAGCGUACAGUCACGACAUUAGUAUCAGACACGAGUACAACAACACGGAGAAAAGAAUUGGCACUCGUCGUCUCCCUGUGGACGGUUUUCACGCUGAAUCACAAACGGUGUUUCAGUUUCAUGGUAAGUUGUUGUUUUAGUGUAGUUAAGAUUAAAUUAAUUAGCUAGGAUUAAGUUAAUUGUGUGGGAGUGAGUUAAUGAGUUUUUAGCGAUUGCGUGGGCUUGUAGGAUAACUUUAUUUUUCUUUUGUAGGUUUAACUGUAUUGCACUUUAUUUUAAUAGGUUGUUAUUGGCAUGGGCACAACUGUCAUCUGAACGAAGGUAAAGAAGUCAACGAGAAGCGUGAUAAGCCCAUGAAAGAAAUCCUUGAAGAGACAAAAAGAAACAGUGCCUAUAUCACGAAGCAGGAAUUCAAUCUCGUUGAAUGUUGGGAAUGUGAGUGGCGAGAUAUGAAGAAACGAAACAGCGCGCUGCAACGAUUCAUCGCCACCCAUCUGCGUCGACCACUGGAUAAAGUGAAAACCAUGACCAAACAGUCCAUUAUCAACGCAGUGAAGAAUGAUAAACUAUUUGGAUGUGUGGAGUGUGAUAUCCACGUGCCUGAGAGUUUGCGAGAAUACUUCAAAGAGAUGUGCCCCAUCUUCAAGAAUACCGAAAUAUGUCGAGAAGACAUCGGUGAGUUCAUGAAGAGCUACGCCGAAGAAAACAACAUCAUGCCCCGACCCCGGCGAAGUCUCAUUGGAAGUAUGAUCGGAAAGAAGAUAAUGUUGGCAACCCCUCUUCUAAAGUGGUAUUUAGAACAUGGUUUAGAGGUACGUUUUAAAUAUUAAAAACUUGUAAAUUGCAGGAGAAAAUGUUUAACAAAUUUUAUUAUCGUUUUAGGUAACACACGUCUACCAGAUAGUCGAGUAUACCCCUAAGCCAUACUUCAAACCUUUCGGUGACGCUGUAUCGGAUGCUUGUCGUGCUGGUGAUGCAGACCCCUCCAAAGCCAUCAUUGCGGACACGAUGAAAUUGGUCGGGAAUAGGUGAGUUUUAAAAUCACGCUGUCGUGACAUAUUCAAGAAAUACUCAUUUUUUUUGUAUUUCUAUACAGCUCAUACGGGAAGACCAUCACCAACAAAAAGCGUCAUCGCAAGGUGGAUUACUGCAACGAUGAUGAGGUUUCUGAAUUAAUCAACUCACCAUUCUACCGCCAAAUGAACGUGAUCGACGAUGACACCUACGAAGUGGAAAGUACUAAGAAGAAAAUUUAG